AAACGAAUGUCAUUGUACCAAACAGUUCAGCUACUAUUUAUGGCUAUUUCCUAUCGCAUUUCCACCGCAUUUUUGGAAGCAAACUGUUUCACGAUGAAUAUCUUUUACAUACCACGUACGUAUUGUGUUUUCAGCAUUUUGUCUGUUCUUUAUCUUUUGCGUAGUGGAGCACACAUCUGAACUUGUGUUAACUUCCCCGUGUCUCCUUAAUGUCUUACGGAAAGAUCAGUCGUCUCCUAAUUGCAAACAGAGGAGAGAUUGCAUGCAGAAUAGCCAAAUCUGCCAAACUGUUCGGAUGUCAUACAGUUGGUGUGUACAGUGACGCAGAUGUAUCUGCACUUCACGUCAAACUCGUUGAUGAAGCGUACAAUGUCGGCCCAGCGCCAGUUCAACAAAGUUAUCUGAAUAUCCCACGCCUUAUCUCAGUGGCUAAGCGGGCCGGAGCGGACGCCAUACAUCCUGGUUACGGAUUUCUUUCAGAGAGUGUGGAGUUCGCCCAAGCCUGUCAAGAUGCUAAUCUUGUGUUUGUUGGCCCUCCAGUUUCUGCCAUACGUGACAUGGGAAUAAAGAAUAAAAGCAAGGCUAUCAUGGCUGCUGCUGGUGUUCCGAUCAUCAAAGGUUACCAUGGUGAGGAUCAGUCUGAUACCCGACUUCGAGCGGAAGCUGAGGCAAUCGGCUUCCCGGUUAUGAUCAAGGCAGUCCGAGGCGGUGGUGGCAAGGGAAUGCGUAUUGCACAUACGCCCGAGCAGUUUUCGGAACAGCUUUCCGCUGCUCGUCACGAAGCCUUGAAAUCAUUCAACGAUGAUGGCAUGCUAAUUGAACAGUAUAUUGUCAAUCCUAGGCACGUUGAGGUGCAAAUUUUCGGAGACAGGCACGGUAACUACGUUUAUUUAUGGGAGCGUGACUGUAGCAUCCAGCGUCGGCAUCAGAAAAUCUUGGAGGAAGCGCCUGCUCCCGGCUUAUCUCCGAAGGUUCGAAAGGCGAUUGGUGAAGCGGCUGUGGCUGCUGCCCGGGCCGUCCACUAUGUCGGUGCCGGUACCGUGGAGUUUGUCAUGGACGCCGACCAGAAUUUCUACUUUAUGGAAAUGAACACUCGUCUGCAAGUCGAACACCCAGUGACUGAGGCCAUCACGCGUACCGACCUGGUUGACUGGCAGCUCAGGGUGGCAAGUGGAGAUAAACUCCCGAUCGUGGAUCAGACGGAAGUCCCCUUGGUCGGACAUGCGUUCGAAGCUCGAAUUUACGCUGAAGACUGUUCCGAUCCUUCUCAGAUGCUUCCCGCCGCGGGACGUUUGCAGUUUCUCUCCCCUCCACCGAAUGCUGUGACCUACACGCAUGUAGGUGGACUCAUUCGUGUGGAUAGUGGGGUAGUGUCCGGGGACGUAAUAUCCGUGUACUAUGAUCCGAUGAUUGCGAAACUGGUCGCUUGGGGCGAGACAAGAGAGGAUGCCUUGUCUCGACUACAGUCAGCUCUGGCUGAAUACCGUGUCGCCGGUCUUCCCACGAAUAUUAGUUUUCUACGAAGGCUGAUCCAACAUCCCCAAGUCCUAUCCGGUCAGGUCCAUACCGGAUUUAUCAUGGAACAUAUAGAUACACUACGCAGUACAUCUUUAACCAAAGGAUACGGUUCCAGGGAGCCCUUUCCUACUGCUCACUGUGCUGCAGCGAUUUGGGCAUGUGCUGAACACAUCUUCACUGAAUCCAGUAGACAACAUUUGACAGACCCACUGCAACCGAUGUUAUCCCAAAUACCCUAUUUCCGUCUGAAUCUACCUGCUACCAGAGAAGUUACGUUUACUGACUCAACAGAUACCAACACAUCACGCUUUCGUGUAACGCACCUCAGGAACCCAUCGGAAUGUUACCGGGUCGAAAUGUUAUCGGGUCCUUCGGAUACAUCUUAUUCAGUCGAUGUUCGACUCAUCCGCAAUUCGAAUGAGGCACACAGCCACCGAGGACUUGUUGACCAUUCAUUUGCCGUUGAGGUUUCUUCAUCCAGCCCAUCGGACCAACAACGGCGUUUGUGUCAAAUCAGCGUUGUGUACGAUCCAGAAUCUAGGCAUCUUCACACAUUCAACAAUUCAACCGGUACACACGACAGUUUCAGUCUUGAGCAGCCGGCCUAUUUGAAUGCCAUGUCUGGUCAUUCUGAUGGGCUAGACGGAGCUGACCUUUUGUCCAACACCUCCCCAAUGCCAGGUGUGAUAGAACGCAUCUUUGUGAAACCGGGAGAUAGAGUAGAAUCUGGACAAGCGUUACUCACCUUGAUCGCGAUGAAGAUGGAGUAUACUGUGCGUGCUAAAACCAUUGGAUUAGUCGAUUCGUUGGCAGUUGCUAUUGGUGAUACGGUAUCGAGUGGUCAACUAUUGGUGCGACUAACACCCGAAACAACAGAAUAGUUUUUUUAUUGAAUUUUUCCAUGGUCACAAAAAUUCAGGACUGUCAGUAUAUUAUGGUACCAACUCUACGUCUCAUGGCAUACUAUAUUUAAAAUGGCUUAUACGCCUUAUCUUUCUUUGAUUUGCUUUUCUAUAUAUUUUUUCUAAUUUACUUACCCGUUUUGCACCACCAAGCAUCAAUAAAG